AUCGUCACGGUCAAAUUGAUUGUUUACCUCUUCAGCGAGAUAAUAAUGCAUUUUAGAGGUCCUUUGGGUCACCUUUAUAUAAAAAUAUAUACAAUUAUAUCUCGAUAUAUUUUUUAUUUAAAAAAAUUUCGUUUUCGAACCUAACUAACUAAUCCAAUAGUAAAAGAUGUAUGUGAAAAAAAGAAGAAGACAAAUAUCUUGAGGUUAUAUUUCGGUUGUCAUUGUAUGUUUAUAAUGUAAACAAAAUAGUGUGUUUUUUAAUGAAAUACAAACAAUACUUUGUUGUAAUUAGUUUUUAAGCAUCAAAAAUUACCGAAAUAGGUAAAAUGUCGUCUACUUGGAACGGUGAAUAUUACAUCGCUUUAGAAUGUAAAGAUUUACAAGCUAAUGCAAUGGCGAUUGAUUCCACAGGAAAUAUCGUUUUACUCGCUGGUCGGAGAUAUUUAGCGAUAAGAAAUUUGGAAGAUUGUGGAAGUCCGGAAUUUCAAAAAUUUCCCAGACAAAGUAAAUACGAUGUCGGCGCAGCCGAAUGGAAUCCCACGCAUUACCACAAGGAAUUGUGUGUUAUUUCAAGUAAUCAAAGAUUGGACGUUCUUACUUGGAGGUUAGACGAGCUCAUAGCCACGUUUUCAGUUCGUGCCCAUACACGAGUUAUAACCGAUUUAAACUGGCACAAAUUCGAUCCUAACCUUCUAGCUUCGUGUUCAGUUGAUACUUUUAUUCACCUUUGGGACCUCAGAGAUUCCAGAAGACCGACUUUGUCGUUAUCUGCUAUAGCUGAAGCGUCCCAAGUUAAGUGGAAUAAAGUUUCUACACACCUUCUAGCUACAGCUCAUGAAGGUGAUAUCAAAAUUUGGGAUCAGAGGAAAGGUACUGCGCCCAUACAGUAUAUAGCCGCGCAUUUAUCCAAAAUACACGGUCUAGAUUGGAGCCCUACAUCCGAAAAUCAUAUUUGUUCAUCCAGUCAAGAUAAUACCGUGAAAUUUUUUGAUACCACUAACCCCAGAAGGGCGGAAUGUGUGUUAACUACCAACGCCCCCGUCUGGAGAGCGAGAUAUACCCCGUUCGGUACUGGUUUAGUCACCGCAGUGGUACCCCAAUUAAGAAGAGGGGAAAAUAGUUUGUUAUUGUGGAAUACUGCUAACCGCGCAACCCCCAUGCAUACUUUUGUCGGUCACCGCGACGUAGUGCUGGAAUUUGAAUGGAAGAAACAGACUCCCGGGGAUUCUAACUUCCAACUCAUCACGUGGUCCAAAGAUCAAACUUUAUUGGUGUGGAAAAUCGAGCCUUUCAUUCAGAAGUUGUGCGGCUACGAACCCGUUGAUCCAAGGGAAAGAAAUGAUUUGGGAAGAGACACUGUGGACAGUUUUAAGCUGUUUAAAAAAGCUUCUCCAAAAAUUCAGCCUCUGCAGCAGGAAUUUUCUUUGCUUAACGUACAUAUUCCUAAUUUAGUUAUAAAAAGAAUGGAUUCCAUAGCUCGAUAUGUGUUAGUUAGUGCUGCUGUGAAUAAUUUCAAUGUUCAUUUGAAGGUUAGUUUUCCCAGUGCUUAUCCACAUGGGGUACCACCAGGAUUUGAAGUUAUCAAAGAAGGUUCAAACAUAAACGAAUCAAUAAUAAUUCAACUUCUACAAAUGUUGAAACACUUAGCCCAACAAAGGGUAUCAAAAAACAGAACUUGCUUAGAACCGUGCUUAAGACAAAUGGUAACUACUUUAGAACAACUGAGCACCGACAACGAAAAUAAUCGACUCUACAACAGACCCUACCUCGAACCAUCGAGCCUCUUUUCCGGCUACAACGACGCCUACAUACCCUUCCCGAGGACGUCGGGGGCGAAGUUCUGCUCGGUAGGAACAUUAGUUUGUUUCAACAGACCGAUGUUUUCGCGACGAUUGUCCACCAAAAUGGACGCGACUCCGCGAAUCGUGUCGACCACCCCCAGAGCCCUAUCGGCCUUGGAAAACAUCUACUCGAAACGAAACGACGACAUGACGGUUUCCGCUUUCUAUUACCAGAGACAGAGGUCGAGGGUUAAACAGAAUUAUUCGAAAAUCACCAAAGCCGUCGUGCAUAUUUACGAUACUAUGGGCCUGUCGUUCGUCAAUCGACAGUUGGCCGAAGAAUAUAUUUUGGACGGCGACGUCGGGACUAUCUGUAAACACAACGCGGCCGCCGCGGCGGUCGUCGGUCGGUGGGAUCUCGUGCAAGCUUGGACUUUGGCCGAAUUGGUGGCCGGGCCGCAACAAGCUGACGAAGAAAAUCUGUGGAACAAUCAUCCGUUCGGAAACAAACUCAUGCAAUCAUUAAUUUCGCAUUACGCUUCUCAACACGAUGUACAGAUGGCGGCGAUGCUGUGUUGCAUUUUUGGUAAAGAACACGACGUAUCGAGUAGAAAAUCAUCUUUAAAAUCCCUCUUACCUCAAUCUUCCGAAGGUUCUCCUUAUCACACGAUCCCAUCGGCGGACGUCGUAGCUGACGGUUGGGUAUUGCCCAUGAUGCGAACGACGCGAUCCUCGUCGUUAGACAAUUUGACUAUCGAAGGCCCCAUCCGAAUACCUCCCCAAAAAACGAUACCGAACUCAAUGUACGAAUAUUACAAACUCGCUUACGCCGAAACGUUACACAGAUGGCAACUGAUCUACAAUCGAAUCGAAGUUCUCAAGUACAUGAGCGUCGUACCCGAACCGCACAAAGGCGUCGAGUUCGUUAGCGAAUGUAAAGACUGUUUGAAACCGACCAGAUUCGGUAACUGCAAAACUUGUAGAAAGUUGACGAUGAAGUGUAUCGUUUGCGAUAUAUCCGUUAGAGGGUCUGCCAAUACUUGCGCUUACUGCGGUCACGGGGGUCAUACGAAAUGUCUCAAAUGGUGGUUUUCGUUCAAAGACAUCUGUCUAACGGGAUGCGGGUGUAAAUGUUUGAUAGAGGCGGCGGAAAUAUUCACCGCUUAGUUGACAAAAAAAAUAUGUGAUACUUCAUUAAAGAUAUAUUUAAGAAAACAAA